UCAUUCGUACAUAUGUUUAAUUCGUGACACUAACUUACUAUAAAUAUUUUUAUUAUUAUGUAUAUUUUUACGUUUAGUAUUUUGAAUUCACUUCAAUAUUUAUUCAACAUUUUAUUUUAUGUCAAUAACAAGUUUGUGUAUAUUUAAAAAGCCACACAUCUUUAAUAACAUAUUAUUUUUGUUAAACUUUACUGUUAUCUAAAAUGAAAAAACUUAAAAUAAUUCCAGUUUCUAAAGUUUUGUUGCUCCUUUUAACGGUGCUUUCAAACAGCACUUAAAUACACCACGAGCCGAACAGGAUUAAAGUGACGUUACUUCCGGGUUUCUAGAGUAGAGAUGUUUACCUUUAUCAGCGUAGCGUGUUGAAAUCGCAGUGACGCAAUUCACAGAGGAAACACUCAGAUAUUCAUCUUCAUCAUCAUAAGAGUUCAUUUUUAUUUUAUUACUCACACAAAUAAAGUCCAAAUAGUUGUUCGAAUUGUACUGUAACAUUAAUUCAUUAAUGUUCAUUAAUUAAUUCAACAUUAAUUAACGUCUAAAAACAAAGUUCAAUUUUAAAAUAGAACAUUCUCAAAAUUAACAUUUUGAAAACGUGAACUGGUGAAGACGAGUGAACAGCGACACUCAGUGGACUUGUUCCCUAAUUUCAGACGAACAAAAAAUCAAUUAAGAAAAUUAAUGAGAAUAAAAUAAACAUAAAAAUGUUUAGAACUGUUACUAUUUAGAAUUUUUCUGUCUUCAAAUAAUAUGAUAUGACAAUAAUAUGACAGAAAAACUAAAUGUUUUCACUAGUGACUGAUUUUUAUCACUGAUUUAAAGACUGAUUUUAAAUCUGUGAUGAAACAUGAAGUGUUGAUAAGAAGAGAUUCCAGUCGACUCACCACAACUCUGACUCACUCACAAACAACUGUUUCCUCACAUCUCUGCUCCUCCUCCUCCCACAGAAAAGCUCAGUCCCGAGGAGACUCCCAUCACCAGCUCCUGUGCAGGCGUGCUGGUAGGAACGGAACGCUGCGGACCAUGAAGAAGAACCUAGCUGCCCUGGUUUUGACUCUGGCUGCUCUGACCACAGCUGAGCCAAGCUGGUUGAGGACGAACAGAGACAUUUUAUCCUCAUCUUCAUCUUCCUGGUCUUCCUCGUCUUCCUGGUCCUCCUCCAUGGAAAGAUCAGGUGGGGGGUGUCUGAAUGGGGGCUCAUCUAUCCCCUCACUGACCACUGGUGAACACAUGCUCUGCCUGUGUCCUGACGGUUUUGAGGGGACCCACUGUGAACAAGCUAAAGCUGGACAGUGCUACGAAGGUGUUGGACUGUACUACGCCGGGACAACGUCCACAUCAGGGAGUGGACACACGUGUCUGGAAUGGGACGUGGACACCAGGGAGAGAUUCAUGACAUCGGACGUCAAUGGAGGGAGACACAACUACUGCAGAAACUUGUUCUACCGCCGUCGUCCAUGGUGCUACGUCUGGAAGAACCAGCAGGUGGUGUGGGAAUACUGUGAAAUUCCACGCUGUGUCCAAGUCUUACCUCCAUCUCCACCGGCACCAACAGAACCAGCAGCAGCUGCAGAGUUCACGACAUGUGGCCUGAGAAUCAGACCCAAACAGAUGAAGAUCGUGGGAGGAACCAAGGCCACCAUAGAAUCUCACCCUUGGUUUGCUGCCAUCUUCUGGAGAAGCAAAUCCAGAGAGAUGGUUUUCCGGUGCGGCGGGAGUCUGAUCUCCAGCUGCUGGGUGCUCACCGCAGCCCACUGUUUUCCUGAAGGUUCCCAAAACAAAGCGCGUCGUUUCUACAUCACUCUGGGGAAACAAGUGCUGAAUGAGAGCGAGCCGACAUCUGAGCAGACCUUUAGGGUAAAGAAGAUCAUCAUCCACGAAAGGUUCAACAACAGCGAAGGAAACUUCAACAACGACAUUGCCCUGGUGCAGCUGAAGCCUCGUCAGGGCAGAUGUGCAGAGGAGAGUCAGAGUGUAAAGGUCGUGUGUUUGCCGCCCCCUGGUCACAUGGUCCAGCCCGGUGUCACCUGUGAGAUCACAGGAUUUGGUAAAGAAAAACACGGUCUGUGGUACAAGUCCCAGUACCUGAGAGAAGCUCAGGUGAACCUCCUCGCCCAAGACGUGUGUGGACAAAAGGAUUAUUAUGGAAACCUGAUCACGGAGAACAUGUUCUGUGCUGCUCGUCCAGACUGGAGCCAGGAUGCCUGUGAGGGAGACUCUGGAGGUCCACUGGUUUGUGAGAUCCAGGACAGGCUCUUCCAGUUCGGGGUCAUCAGCUGGGGUGACGGCUGUGCCAAAGAGUUCAGGCCUGGAGUUUACGCCAAAGUCAGCAACUACAACGCCUGGAUAGAAGAGAAGACGGGCCUGAGCUUCACGGGCCGGGGUUCUCCUCCACUGUAACGGUCCUGGA